CCACCACCACCACCACCACCACCAUCAACCAUCAUUGCCAAUCCAAGGUUAGGCAGCGUCCCUCCUACAACUCACUCCCUCAACUACCACUCCAACUCGACCCAACUCACUCUACCCUACUCUGCUCUACACCGCAACAUACCUGACUUUGAUUCGUCUUGACUUUGACUCUCCAUAACAUCAUCCAAAGCAUGUUCCAGAUCAUCUCUCCUCACUCAUACUCAGCUUGAAACCACCGUCUCUCUCUCGAAGAUCCUCUACUCACCCACCCGCUCGAUAACGCACUCACGUACUCGACAGUUCGUUGUACUGACAUGACCUCUAGCAAUCCUGAGGAGCCGUCAUCGUCCUCCCAGGAGCUUCACUUCCCUCCCGUUCGUGUCAAUCACUCUCUGGCCCGUCUCGACCUCAACACACUCAUGAUGAGGUCGAACCAAGCACGGAACCCUCCUAAAGAGGCCCAUAGCUCUCUCGAAGACAGCUCAUAUGAAGUCCUCGGAGAAAGCAUGUGCGAUGCCUCGGACGAUGAGGGUAACACGGAGUCGUUGGCGUCUACUACACCCGACGAUGUGUCCAGCAUCUCCGAUGGUGACGAAUUCGACGAUGAUGACGACGAGUACGCGAACGAAGCCUCGCAACAUCUCCCUGAACCCGAUGUCUACAACCCACUUGAACACUUCGCUAGCAGCUCGUCGAGCCCGAACGCUAGCAUGAUGACGUCGAUGGCAGAUACACAGACGGGUGAGGCCUCCUCCAUCAGGCUGGAGGAGGAAGUAAGAGAAGAUGGUAGUGCACGUGCAUGUGGCAUUGUGGGAAGAUUCAGUGAAGCUCGUGAACUGCCCCAGAUCCUCCGCGGCUACGGCCUUCCAGAUCUGAGGCUAACCGUCCGAAUGACGCUCUCCGAGCGGUACCUCCCGGUUCCUCGUUCCUACAGAAUAUUGUAUGUUGGCGAGUUUCCAGAAUGGGGUGUAAAAGAAAUCAACGCUCGCAUCGGGGCUGCCCUCGAUGCCACACCCAGUUCUUCGAGAUUCAACAUCGUACAAGGCCCCGCCUACCCGGGAAGCACGUCGUCCAGCAACAUCCAGCUGGAGCGUUCAGGCCUCGAGCUUGUCGUUGACCAUUGCAACCACCCCAAGGUGUCCCAGCAACCUGGCUCGCCACCUCGAGCUGUAAUCACAUUGGACGACGGUACAGAGCUUACAUUUGGUCCAGGAAAAUCGAUCACGUUCAAGGGACAAUCGAGCACUGACUCUCUUCCCGACCUGGUCAUCUUCUGCCAUUAUACGAUCCCAUCUGAGUCAGACACAACGGCGGGGGUAGAAAAGAUGCAUCUUACCCGUGAAGCCUUCAGGCGCCAUUCUAUCCCAUGCCUUGACAUUGCCACUACGCGCCCAUACGGAAAGAGCCCCUAUGGUAUCCCAAGCGACGAUAGUUCUCUGCGGUUGUGCAUGGAAGGCCGAACCUCCAAUGAUGAACCAUACGAGAUCUUGGAGACCUUGCCUAUUGACAUCUACACAUUUGCUUCGAUUGACCCCUCAGAACUCAAUCGCCACUUGGCCUCCAUCAGUCCACGGUCGCCUCAAUCAAGGGCAGGAUCUGAAGGCCGGGAAAGUCGAAGGUGGAGUCUGAGCGAGAUAGUCCCAGGCUUCGGCGACGAUUCUCACUCCAAUGCUUUCGUAUCUCUGCUUUCACAGCCUCGUAUGUGGCUCGCAGUGCUAGCUUUGUCGGCUAUCAUCUCAGCACAUCUUGCUGGACUCACCUCUUUUGCUGCCUUCUCGCCAAACACGGCAAAGGACGCUGUUAAUGGGUCCGUGAGCGCGGCGGUAUCGAUAUCUACACCAGCCACCAGUCAGAUUACUCGUGCCCCCCAGCCAGUGGCACCUCCGUUAGGUUCCCUCUCCGUCCGACCUAGCUCACAAGACUUGAGCAUCAUGCCUUCUUUCGAGAAAACGAAGAAGCAGCCUCGCAAGGGUGCGAAACCAGCAGAAGAGGAACAAUCUGGCGGAUUGGAGAUCGAAGUCAAGGGACCACAAACCUUCACCAUUCGUCCGUUGAAGCAAUUUGCGAACAAGAAACGCAAGCAUCAGCUUGAUGUGCAUGUUUCGCGCGACUCGGAGCCUGUUCCUGUCCAUGUGUCACCUAGCCAGGACAGCGACUCUUAUAUAGUCACUCUACAACAACAAUAUCCACUCGGCGUGUUCGACGUCGAUGUUGUGCUGAGACGCAAGCCCCUUCUCCAACAAACCAUCCAGGUGGAAAUGGGUACACCAAAGUCCGGUAUCGUUGACCUCAUCGUCGGUGCACAGGCUGCACAGGACACGCUCAAAGUAAUUUCGACCCAUCUCUCCAAGACUGUCCACGCUGGUGUUGCCGUCGUCGAAGACAAAGCAAACACUGCUUUCGAGCAUACGUGUCUUUGGAAGGACCGUAUUACGCACUCUACUCAGACGGUAGCCGAACAUCUCGAAGGGGCUAAACAAGAGGCAACACGACGGAUUGCCAUGGGCUCAAAGGUUUCUAAAGAGGUAUCAAGCAUGCUAUGGAAGAACUACCAGGAGAUAUCAGCACGCGUGAAGGCAGAUGUCAGGGAAGCGUCAACGAAUAUCAAGAAGUCUGAGCCGGUACGACGCGCUCGCAAGAACGUUGAUACGCUCCGCAAGAAGUUCAGAAAGAAUAGGUCUAAGGAUGCAGGGCAUCAGGGGGAGAAGAGCAAGAAACGUAGCAAGGCGGGCAAACGCAACAAGAGGCGAGGCAAGGAGUAAAGGGCGUUUUUCUUGGAAGGAUGGACAAUCUUCUUUGGUCGGCAGUCGAUAGAUCUGAAUAGGAGGCGUUUGUAUAAUCGUUUGGGGACUUGCACGAUACUUAUCAACGGGUUUAAAUGUCCCUCCAGCACAAACGGCGCCAGAUGACUUUCGGAUCAACUAGAUGGUUCUUUUUUGGACUUGUCACGGGGGAUCACUUAUUGGCGCCUCAGGAAGGACCUAACAUUAUAUCACUGGGCUUCGUCAUCGCAAUCAAGGUUUUAUAAUAUGAUUUCUAUAGUGUAUUCUUCUGCUCUGUUAUCGUGGUAGCUAUUUAACUCUACUCAACUCUGGUAAUACACAACCAUGC